CGCAAACGCGCGUAGUUCCUGAAAGUGCAGCGUUUCACGUGCAUUCAGAGUGUUCGAGCUAAAGCUGUAUGAGCUCUGUCUCGGACAAAGAAACGACGAGCGAAGCGCGUCUUCAUCAAAGAAACUGCACUCAAUCUGUAGCGGUCAUGCAAAAAUAAACUUUUGAUGUCAAACGAAGAAACGACAGAACGUUGGAAGUGCAACAGUAAAAAGAGCAACACUCAUCUGCACCCGUAGUGUCAUUCGCAGCAAAGCAAAACGAUGUUCAUAUUCAUUGAUGUUCUUCUUUGCUACAAUUAGAUUUUUUACACACUUCAUAGAAGAAGCAGAAGUUCCUUUUCACAUUUUGUAAAGGACCACCACAACUACUUCAACCAAGGACUUACUUCCCCAGAAUACCAAAAUGGACGGUCUCGACGACCAUUUGUCCGCUCUGAAAACGGAGUGGGUCGUUUUGAAGGAAAAGUACUUCUAUGGAGAACAGGUGGAUCCUGUCUUUGAGGGUACGGUCCGCGAUUUCUGCGAGUUCGACAACGUGAUGCAAGAUUUGUAUAAGACAAUCGAGCAGUUUAUGCGGAGUUGUGAGAAUCUUUGUACGGGGAUCAUGAAAGUCGCGGAGGUCGUGGUAAGCGGGAUGGGAAAAGAAAAAGAUGCGCAGAUUGGUAUCUUCUACUUCUUUGAGAAAUUGAAUUUCGUGCUAAUGGAGUGGUGUGUAGUACAUCAACAUCUUUCUAAUUAUUUAAUCCAUCGCAAGUUUUGUCGAGUUGGAUUUCUAGUACUCACUUUUUUCAGUCUUUCGGCUUCGAGCCUCAGUCUGUUCGGGUUUACAACUCUAAAUUUUUCAAACUCCAGCCGCCGAGAGCUGUAAAUUGAAGGAGAGUGCGAACCAGAUCACGCGAGUAGACGCACCACACUCGGCCAUAGCGAAAUUGAGACGGGAUAUGGACUUCAACAUUCUGACGCCGAUGCGACAGCACUUGAUGAAUAACAGUACUCACUAGUAGUUACAAGGAGUUCUUGUUCAUGUUCUAGAUCAGCUGUUAUACUUAUACUUUCUGUACAUCUAAUCAUUGUGAGUGUUGCCUAUGAACAACAAUAACUUAUGAAGAAAACAAUCUCAAAUCGCCACCACAUUAUGUACCAGGAAAUCUGAAGAACAAUUUGGAGCAAAGGCGGCGCCGCUUAAUGGAGUACCAAUCCGCGAAAAAGCAAAUGGAAAAAGUGAAGGCUUUGCCAAAAACGGAUAAGAAAUACAUGCAUGCCGACGCGAACCUCGUCACCUCCAAGGCAGCUUUUGUCGAAAUAGACAAAACCGUCUUCGAGUGGCUCUACAUUUUGGACGAGUACUAAUUUGUGCUUUGUGCAUUUGGAGAUGGAGAUGCGUGAGUACCUUGUAUCUUUGCCUGGAGCAUCAGAAUGACGAAUAUCAUCCUCCAGUCAAUAAUAUUAGAGGAAAGAAGAUCGUUAUUGCCUUGCACUCAAAGCCAUCAUCAUGAGAAACAAACCCAUAGGUACAAAGGCGACAUCCUUGAUUCCACGAUACAAACGAUCAAGUAUUUGCAAUACGAGUUUUUCGCUAGUUCCGCGCAUGCGAUAUCUGGCGUUCUGCCCAAGAGAAUGGAGUUUCGACCAAUGGUCGAAAUGACGCCAGAACACUUGGAAAACCAAGUAGAUAUCGAGCUCCAAGAAGACGACGAAGACGAAGAGCCAAUCACGGACUUUGGAGUGAAAUUGAUAACGAAGCUCGAGAAAGACGGACGGGCAGUGGAAGAGGAGCCGGUACUUUCAAGAUGGCUUUGACGAUUUGUUCAGGUCGUUACGAACUACUCAACACUAUGUUCUGUAUUGAGUGCCAAACCAAUCUGCAGCCUCACAUCCACUUUCACCAUCAACUUCAGAAAGUUUCCGUGGACCCUCUAUCGCUUUCGAGUCUGCUGAGCCAGGGAUUUGACGAAUCUGAUGCGCGACGAGCUUUGAGGCUGCACAAUAACGACACCCAAGCUGCUAUGGAGUGGAUUCUGAAUGGCGCAACGACAGGCCCAGCAACACAGGACGUCCAGGAUGGAGUGCGAAUGCCGACGACAAUAAGAAGAAUACAAAAGCUGAGGAAAAAGCGAAAAGAAGAACGAGAAAGACAAAGAGCAGAGAAAGCGGCGAGGGAAGGAGGUACUUAUACCAUAGUUAUAUCAUUCUCGCUCGGUGUUUGUGGUUCUGGUUUGUUGCUUUGAGCAGAGGGCCACAGCGUGGGGCCCGGCAAUGAUAGGGGGACGGCGUUGGUCACACAUUUGCCACCAGCUGAGACAAGUAACGGAACGGAGCACGCGAGGGGCCCACCCCUUCCCGGGGUGAGGGGGAACGCCCCUGCACUGCAGGGCGCCGCAACAGCCCCCGGGCGCGCGGCUGCUUCGCAGUGACCCGCCUGCCGAAUGUGUCGACAGUGCGACCCGCGGCACGGAACCGCCGCGGCGCGCAGUGUCAGAAGCUGCACGCACCUCGACACCACCGGAAGGGGUGCCAGACUGUUCGGGCCCGUGGGCCGCAGUCGUAGACUCUUGUGGCUGCUUGGGCUUGCGGGCGCUGUAAUGUAGCUGAGUGAGUCGAUGCGGCACAAGAGGGAGCCUGGAAAAAAAGAGCAGGCCUAGGGCAAACGCGCUGGAACUGGGUGGAAGUGGAACACUGUCGCAAGCUUGGCGACUUCUGGCCCGUGCGGCGCGCCGUAUCGUGGACGCACAUGGGUGGACUUUUUCACGAACAUCCCAGCCCGCACCCUCUUGGACCGAUUGGGCUGCUUGCAAAAGGGUGCAGAGGCUUCGGCGCUUGCCAGAGGCAAAGAGGGCGCAGCUUGGGCAACGGAAGAAGCCGACUGGCGUGGACGUCGGCGCAAGGAGUACCCUGGUAGUCAAACGAGGCCCCAGCGAGAAAGCGGCAAGGGCAUCCCCCGCACUUCUGGCGCAGCUAUUCAGCACGAAGGCCAGGCAUUGAAGCAACAGAUGGCGCACUAGAUAAGGCGAAAGGCAUGAGGCGCCUCGGAUGCCUGUGCUGGUUUCGGGUGCGUCUGCCUCUGGCUGGGGCUUUCGCGUCGAGAAAAGUGGCAGGCGUCUCGCUAGGACUUUCCCCCAGUGCGUCGAGCUGGCUGCACGUAGGAGCAGGAAAGGGCUGCCACUCGUCUCGGGCAAGGAAGCGGCCGCCAGGAAGUCCAGGGCGCGCCGAUGUGGGCGCGAGUUGUCUUCUGUGGGUGUGAAGUGAUUACAUUAUGGGGCGCCGCCUGCGAGUGAGGGCACGCGUGCGCCUUGCGGGUCGCGUCUUGCGAGGGAGUGUGGGCAGCGUCUUGCGGCUGCGGGCUGCGCCUCGCGAGUGCGGGCCGCGUCUUAGGCUGCGCCUUGCGAGGCGCGUCUUGGGAGUCGCGUCUUGUGAGUGCUAGCCGCGUCUUGUGAGUCGCGCCUUGCGAGUGGCAGUCGUCUUAGUUCGUUGCGUCUUAUGAGUCGCGCCCGCCGGCCCCGCGAGUGUGAGUCGCGUCUUUUCGCAGCAGAACUCCCUGCGAAAAUCCAAAGGCAUAAGGUCACAGGCAAAGGCGUUCAAAUUGAGUCGGUUAAGGACACGCUGUGCCUUGCCCAUGUCACGCAGAAACUUUACCAGUCGCGUGUGGGCCAGCAAGUGGCCGAGAGGUGUACUGACAACUUUGCCCAGUUUUUGCGCCAGAAAAGUGGGGCCUCCACGUUUAUCAAGCAUUUUUGUGAGGACGCUGCGAGGAUCAAACGCGAGACGCGGAACGAGGUCGAAACUUUCAAAGUUGCGGACUUGUGCCUGGAGCCUGAUUACGCAACGCAUCCUGCGCAGUUCCUACUUCGCGGCGUCUCUGCUGAUGAAAUCGUGAACAACGGCGACAGUCAAGGCACUUCUGGAAGUGAUGCAAGCCGAAACCUGUGGGGGUGGUUGCUCACCCGGUUCAAUUUCUCCACCUACAGAGACCCAGCGACAAGUGUGGUCAUGAGUGCGAGCCGCGUCCUGUGAGUGCGGGCCUGGAGUGCGUCGCGGAGAAAAGCGGAGACGUAAGGGCUUGGGGGUAGUGGUGCAGUGAAUAUAGAGAGGAGAUGAGGAAAGGCGGCGGAAUUAAAUGAGAAAAAGUAGGGAGGCGCCCCCUUCCCCGCUCCAGUUUGUUCGUUGCUUCUUCUUUCUUUUCUCUCCGCGCGCUGUGUCCUCCGUCUGUGGACUUGGCGCUCGCCCUCUUUAGCAUCGAUCAUGAAAACCAAGCAACGCGCGAAAUCACCGGCGCAAACACCUUAGCAACCAACUAACAACAACAGCCGCAGCGCUGCAGAACUUGGCGGAGGGGUGCGUGGAUGAUUUGGGCCGCCCACACCUUUGCAGCCUCUUCCGCCCUCAAUCUUUGAACAGCAGGGGCCCCCGGUAUUUAUCCAGCUGCAUUAGAAUCGGACGCGACCACACGAGGGCGGGCCAACAGCUCACACAUUGCAGGGCACAGCUAGGGAGGAGGAAGGCCGCAAGUGCUGUCGUGUCGUUCUGAGCCCAGACCUUCGAGCCGCUUUUUUUUUCGUCUUGGAGAGUCUCAGGCCCAUCGGAACGUUGAGCAGGACGGGGGGCAAGCUGCUCCGCGUUUUCUGCAGCGAAGUGACUGCGGCUGUGUGUAGGGUGUGGGCUUGUUAGCUUUGUCACUCUUCUUGGUCUGGUGCUUGUUCCCCUUUCUAGCUGUCUCGUCUCGUGCAUAUUGAUGAUCUGGAUAUUAUAUGAAUCAAUAAUACGCAGUCGACAAUCCGAAAAAGCCGACUUUGGAGGAAGUUGCGACUAAACAGCCACCAGCACCUGCCGCUCCGCCAGUGGAUCUGUUAUCGUACACGCGUUUAUGUUCUAAUUCUUUGUUACAAAUGUAUAGCGUUGAAGUAUUUCUUAUGAAGAUUUUAUUUGAUAUACAGGAACAGGAUCAUGAUUAUGAGUCCAAAAGAAAUGGAUACCGGUAGAUACCAUUCAUGAAAGUUCUUCAGUCUCAUCGCUUUUUCGCCGCAUCUUCCUGACCACAGCCUCGACGCCUCACCGUCUGGUGGCUCAUCGUCUUCUAGUUCGAGCGCGCCUGUCGCAGACCUGCUAUCUCUAGAUGUGACGGACUUUUCGAAGCCGGUUACGACAUCUGCGGUCCCAACCCAACGCAACUUCGAUCCGAAGGACUGCGAAUUAAGGGGACCGGGGGGUGGAGAGGGGAGCACGCCCUCGACCUCAUCUGCUAGUCCGACAAUGAAUAUGUCUCGCGACAAGCUAAUGCAGCUACUGGCAUCGGGACAGCCACUGACGCCGGCGCAAUUAGUGGAGGCACAGAAAAUACUCGCACAGCCGAGUCCAACUGGGAGUCCCACUGGUAGCGGCGGCCCGCCCGCUGCAGCACCUGCGGCUAGCUCAUCCGGCGGUGGAACAUCCUUAGAUGACAUGUUUAGAUAGUAUAUGGCGGUCAAGUACUAGGGCCCCGCAUAUGUGCGAAUUUCCAGUUAGGAAAGGUGGAGCACUCGUCACUAUCAACCAUUCAAACACAAUUAUUGAUGAAACCCAAGAAGUUCAAACUCAAACUUUCCAACUGAAUCUUUCAAACUCAAGAGUUUCAAACAGAAUGUGGCUGGACAAAGUCAAAGCCACAAAGACCAAGUAGCACAGGCCAGCGCCACUGGGCCACGUGAUGACACCGUCAGACAAUUUUGGCAUGGACAUGCUAAGCACAAGAACCUGCUUCAGUUUCUGUUUUGGUUUUUCUAGGCAUUUCAUUUUCAGCAAGGAACGUCGACUUGGCGUCUAUGUAGGUAAGUACUGCAGUAGAAGGCGACACCCUAUGCGGGAGGCCUUGACGAGCAUCCGUACUGUGGAGAAGAUUGCAAAAUGUAUUUCAUAACGUGAUAUUAUCAGACUGGCAAUUAAG